GUAUCAACUGUAAUCCUCAGUUCCAAUUCGAGAUUCUUCUUCUGAGACCAAAAUUUCAGGUGGGUCAAAACCCUUGAAAAAUAUUACUAUGGAGACAAAACCCUAGCUUUUUCAUCAAACCCUCUUCAACCUUCAACCAUCUCCAAAUCAAAGCUCGACACCCAUGGCUUUCUUCACCGGAGGACGAUUCCGUGAGCUUUUAAAGAAAUACGGCAAGGUAGCAAUGGGAGUACACUUUUCUGUAUCCGCCGCCUCCAUUUCCGGUCUCUAUGUCGCCAUAAACAACAACGUCGACGUCGAAUCACUUCUCGAUAAAUUACACAUGGGCGGCGUUUCAUCCAAAGACCAGGUCGAAUCGAAUCCAUCCGAUGAGAAAUUUGUACUCGAAGAUAAUGUAAACGGGACAUCAACGACGGUGAUUGUAGAGAAAGAAAAGACGACGAGGAAUCGGACGGCGGAACUGGCGGCUUCGAGUGGUGGUGCUCUUGCAUUGGCUGUGCUUUGUAACAAGGCAUUGUUCCCCAUUCGAGUGCCGAUAACGGUCGCGCUUACACCACCGAUUGCUAGGUUCUUGGCUAGGAGGAAGAUCAUCAAGUCUGGUGUAUGAUUUUUCUGCCCUUGUAAUUUUAUUGUUCAGUGCCAAUAAAUAAUAAACUGAGAAAAGUGGCUAAUUUUUUUUUUUUUAGAUUUGUGGAUUCAUUGAUUUUGUUUAGACUCUGUAGAAUUCAUUAUUGGAUGAGACUUAAUUUCCAUUUUUAUGAGUUGCUGAUGCAAAUCAUUGGAUUAGAGAUAUGAGGAAGAUUGUAAUAAGAAUUUUUUUAGGGAGAAAAAACAACUCAACAUUGAAUAGGUGAACUUUGUUGUUGAAAUUACAUUAUUUGGUUUCUAAAGUUUGUUACUUGAGUUCAA